AAAUAAACCCUAAUAAGGAAAAUAGCGAGAGUCUCAAAUUACCCUUAUUAAUUAGUACCAGGUUCUUCUAAGUUCUAGCACCUUCCACAAAAAAAAGGCACACACAUUACCAACAAUAAUAAAAUUACAAAGUUAGUUUUUGAAAACGAAGUUCAGUUCUAUCGUCGUCGCAUCAUCGAGAAAAAUGGCAGAGGAAUUUGCAUUAGAUUUGGAAGAACUUCGUCACUUGCACGAAAUCGCCAAAAGACCACGAAUCCUUUCUCUCCUCACCUCCGAGAUUCGCAACUUGGAGAAGUUAUCGUCAGAGACAGUUUCUUCUGCACGUGUAUCACAGAUUCCGGCGCCAAUUUCAACCGGAACUACGGUGUCUUCUGCACCUGUACUCAAGUAUUCCCCUCUUGCAUCUUUCAGUUGGGAUCAAGAUAAUGACAAAGUCAAGAUAUAUGUGUCGCUGGAGGGUGUUGAUGAGAGCAAGAUUGAAUCUGAGUUUAAGCAAUUGUCGUUUGAUGUCAAGUUCCAUGAUAUUCAAGGGAAGAACUAUCGAUGUGCAAUAUCAAAAUUGCACAAGGAAAUAGUACCAGAAAAAUGUAAGCUUAUCAUCAAGCCUACAAGGGUAAUCAUCACAUUGGUUAAGGCUUCCAAAGCAAACUGGCUAGAUUUGCACUUCAAAGAAGAUAAGCUGAAGCCAAGCAUGGGUAAAGAGAAAGACCCAAUGGCAGGAAUCAUGGACUUGAUGAAGAAUAUGUAUGAGGAUGGGGACGAGGAGAUGAAGAAAACAAUUGCAAAAGCAUGGACUGAUGCUAGAACUGGAAAAACAGCUGACCCUUUAAGUAGCUAUCGUUGAGCAGCUGAUAAUGGUUUAGAUGUUGAAUUCCUGUUUCAUGGGAGUGAUAUGCUUCACUUAAUUUCAUGUUAUAAAAUGAAUGCUUGGUUUACUUACAUGGCACCGUAGAAAUUUAAUGUGCAGUACUAUUGUUGCUUAAGUUCUACUUAUUGAAAGAUCAAAGAUGUGAUUUUUGGCAGUGGUUGUUCAAAUAUUUACUGGGUUCUCACCUCCCAUUUUAAAAGACCGCAUAAGAUUUUGGGAAAA